AGUGUCAUUCUCCAUCAGUGUUUGUUAAGCCGAUACAUUUUACACUUGCGUGUACACAUUGAAAGGAGAGUAGACAGCAACCAUGUCGUGUCCAGUGAAUAAAGACACUAAAGUCACAGGAAGCUUGGAAAAAGACAACAAAACAUCCCAGACGACAGGUCCUAGUGAGAACCUUACAGAAACAGAUGGGUAUUUCUGCAGCAGUUCUUUCUCUAUGGACCCUGCGGAGGAGUACAAGAUGAACCACAAGCGGCGAGGCCUGGCUCUCAUCUUCAACCAGGAGCACUUCUUCUGGCAUCUGAGGAUGCCCCCCCGCAACGGGACCAAUGCUGACCGCUCCAAUCUGGUCAAAAGAUUUGAGGACUUGAACUUUGAAGUGCAGGCCUUUGAUAAUCUGAAGGUGGAGGAAGUUCUGGAUCAAAUCAGUCAGGCGGCUGAGGCCAACCAUGCUGAUGCAGACUGCUUCGUGUGCGUCUUUCUGAGCCACGGAGAGAACGACCACGUCUAUGCUUACGACGACAAGAUCGCUAUCCAGGACAUCACUGCCCUGUUCAAAGGAGACAAGUGUAAGAGCCUGGUGGGCAAGCCCAAGAUCUUCAUACUACAGGCGUGCCGUGGGGACAAGCAUGACGAUCCAGUGACCCCCAUGGACGUGGUGGACAGCGAGGUGAAGACCAACGAGGUGGUGGUGGACGCUGGGGUGGUCUACACCCUCCCUGCUGGCGCUGACUUCAUCAUGUGUUACUCUGUGGCUGAAGGCUACUAUUCCCACCGCGAGACGAUCAACGGCUCCUGGUACAUCCAGGACCUGUGUGGGGCCAUGUGGAAGUUCGGAGAUUCCCUGGAGUUCACGGAGCUCCUGACCCUGGUCAACAGGAAGGUGUCCAUGAGGAGCGUCGGGAAUUGUAACGACAAGACCGCCAUCGGGAAGAAACAGGUCCCCUGCUUCGCGUCCAUGCUCACCAGGAAGCUCUACUUCCGACCCAAGAAGCAGUAAGGUUUCCAUCCACUGGGCAGCUAUUACGUCAUUCCUGAAUCCUGCUGUAGUUGUUUUGAAUGUUUUUUGGGGAGAAAGGUGGUCCUUGACUAUAAUGUCUGGUGGUUCUUUUUGUUAAACGUUUGUCUACAUUAUUUCGAUGUUUGUCUUGAGAACCAUGAAAUACACUUCAUCAAACUGUGCAUAUUCCCUUUAUUCUAAUCUUCUUUCCUAUGAAACCAAAUGGAGAUCAUGUCAUUGGCUGAUGAUUGUGUAUGCAGUGUUAUUUUAACACACAUUCUGUGGUGGCAAAACUGACCUAAAACAAAGCAUGUACUAUACUGGUGAAACCUGCUUGGCUGCUCGGCUUCAGGCUUUCCCUGUUGGUGUUGACAGAGGUCAUGGGAUGUACCUGCAGGGCAGGUAAAAGAGUGACAUGAGAAUGGUAAUUUGAGCAUUAACAUUUCAAAUGACUUUAUUCUCAGUCUGUUUGUGGAUAGCUAUUUGUUAAGAGGGGAUUCUUAGUCAGUAAAGGAUUUUGCAUCACCAGUCCCUUAAGGCCUUUCUCGAGAGAAUACUGCUAAUUCUUAGCAUUGAGUAGUGGGUCCCUGGGCUUGAUUUGUUGAUCUGUGUCAAAUAUACAAAGAAAUGUGCACAUCGUUUGAAGGAGGAAGUGGCUCUGGGGUUAAAUCCCUGCCUCUUGUGCUUUAGUCUACUACACAUUUGCGCAAAUGUCAAAAUGACCAAGAUAAGUGUUAGUUCCUGAAGUGUAUUCAUUGGGAAAUCCCUUAAAAAAAAUAAACACUUAGUAUCUCUCUUGAAAUACAGGCAUCUUCUCGCAUAACCACUGCUGGUUACAGAGAUGUGAACCCCAGGUAUUAACCCUCAUCAGUCCUCCAACCACUACAGUGUCAAUAGAACCACACUUCAGUGACUGGGAUCAAACCCAUAAUCUCACAGGAACAAGCCUUAAAUCUGUGCCACCGAUAGCUUCACACUUCAAAACACAUAUAUUCAUAUGGUUGACAUCGACAACGUACACUAAAUAACAAGAGUAGAGAUUUGAACCCACAACAGCUUGGUUGCAGGGCUGAGAUUUAACCCCAAAUCCUUCACACUUGAAGUGCUUCUCUUUGUAUGUUAGACAUCGACAGUUACAGAAACUGUCAAUCAAGCACAAUAUAUAUGGAUUAAACCCACAACCUCCAACCUAUUAAGCCAGGGACCCACUGUACCCACUGCCCCAUUUGGUCCUCUGUAGUAGACAAGAUGAAAAGACAGACAAUGAUGUGCCUCAAUAUGUUGUCUCCCCACUUGUUCUGUCAAAAGGGAAUUUGUGUUGUUUCUGUUUGUACUUGGUUGUGCUUAGCCUUUACAACUCAAAUGUAGUUUUACAUGUUUUGAAAGUGGCAGGCUAAACGUGAACAAAUUCCAAUGUGGAAAGUACCUCAGGGAGUCAAGUGUCUAAAAGACAUUAAGUAAACACUGCAGGUUUGGUCACAUGACCUAAGGUACUACUCUGACUCAGGAAAAUCAGUCCUAUACAUUGUUUACUGCCACUAUGGUGCCUUUGUUUGGUCAUUCAAAUCAAUGGCCUUUUAAUUAACUAUAAAAAAUAACAGCUUUUUACCAUUGUUCUUUGUUAUUGAGGGUAUUUGACAACUGUGUUCAACUUAAGAUCACUUUAUUGGUCAAUUACACCCCCCCCACAUCCCAUCUGGGCUGGGAUUGGAAACCAUCUGGUUGCUGGCUCGCAUCUCUAACCACUUGGCUACCUGUCGCUCCAAUACUGAACAACUUUAACAGUACCAAUCUUUUUAAAUACCAUUUUUAUACACCACAUGACUACAGGCAUAUUCUUCAGCCAGAAAAUAUGUGCAAGUGUGCAUUAUAUAACUCAGAUAAGACAACUCAGGGUACCAAUCAACCGACCAUCUCAUGUUUAACAAAUAAAUAAUUGUUAGUCACUUGUGAGAUAUUUACUAAAGCAAUGACAAUGCAUGAGGUAUUACUCAUUUGUAUGUGAACCUGAGUGCUGGACACCAAUUCAUGUUUCUAUUUCUGAAUUGUUCAAGAAAAUGAGGACCAUUUUAGUCUCCAUGGGUGAAUAUAAGGAACUUCUGCUUGGUAAGAGUAAUGUACUUUUCUCGUUUUGUGGUCCACCAGGGAAAUGUAUCUCUGACCUUUUGGGAGAUUGGGUUUGCACUAAUAGCAUUUGGAGAGGUGCGUGGGGCUCCUAUUGAGUUAGAAUCUCUCAUUUAUAAAAUGACAGUUGUAAAACUGUUGAAAUAUGUUUGGGGUUUUGAUGAUUGAAACAAAAGUCUGAAUUGAGGUGCAAUAAAAUAUUGAAAUGUAA